AAAUAAUUGAAGAAUUCAUUAAAAAAAGAGAAGCAAAUGAAAUUAAAUUGUCUUCUAUUAUUUUAAAUAUCCUAACUUGUUUUAAUUAUCAAAAGUAAAAGUAUCUUAAAUUGCAAAAGAUACUAAAUUUAAUAGAUAAAAAGUAAUAACGAUAAAACACUUCUCUUAUGUGAGGAAUGCGAUGAUGGAUAUAUCCAAAGUGCUGAUUUGCUUUCCUGUUUAGCAACAAAGCAUUUUAUUGAUAGAAAACUUUAAACCACUUUUUGUUUAAAUGGGUAAGUGGCAGCAUAAGAAUUGUGUUGCAAUUAUUGCUCAAAUACAGACCCAAAUCAAUGUCUUUCUUGUAAUCAAGCAUGCUAAUAAGUAUCUUGUCCUAAUAAUUUAGUAUGUGCAAGUACAGAUGUGUAUUAUCAAGCUUUAGGAUAAUGCUUAUUUUAUUGCGGGGGAGGAAAACUAGCAUAUUCUGCAGCUAGUUGUGCAACUUCUUAAAUAUGUUAAGACGGAUUAUAAUGGAGUUAAUAAAACUAAUCAUGUGUUUAUUCUGGUUGCCAGAAUAAUUUUGUUGCUAUGGCAGGUUAAACUUGCAAUACUUCAUAAUUCUGUUAGGAUGGAUAUUAAUAUUAAGCUAGCUAAAAGGGAGAUGAGAAAUCAUAAGGAGUAUGCAUUAAGUUGUAAUAGUUAUAAUAGUAGUUAUUUCGACAAUAAAGUUAGUAGUAGUUAGAAAUAAGUAGCUCUGAUUCAAAUUAAAGUGAUGAUAACUUAUUUAUUGGUCUUGUUGCUUUUUCUUUCGUUAUCUUAGCUAUGGUAAUUUUCAUAGUUGUAUACUUCCUUAAGAAAUUUUACUAAAAUAUGAACACAAUAAAUGAAAAAGAGGGCUACGAUGAAGUAAUUAAUAAUGAAGAAAAAUAAAAUGAAUAAGAAAAAAAUGAUUAAGCAAAUUAUGGAUAAGAAAUAAAUAUAGAAAAAGGAAGUGCUCAAAACAUGAUAGAAAAAGAGAUUAAUGCCAAUAUAAGAAGCGGUAACGUGUAAGAUAUACUCUUUAGUAAAGAAAAUGCUUAAAAAGUUGUUUUAAGUAAAGAAGAUAAGAAUAUAUAAACUCAUAAACUUGUUAGCUUAGAAUAUCCUUAAUAUAGCAAUAGUAUUUAAUUUAGCUAAUUAAGCAAUUAAAAUAAUAAAAAUGAAGAUAUUUUUGAGCAUUAAAUUAAUAUAGAGUUACCAUAAAACUGA